ACCAUUAAAAAAGUAACUGUUUGACACAAAGCGAUUACGAACGCGCGUGAAAAUAUUUUCAUUAUUUAGUGGAAGUGUUUUAGACGUAAACACCUAAACAGCUGGGAACGGUAAAACAAUUUGAAGUAAAAAAUAUAUACCCACAUACAUACAUAAUGUGCAAAGAUAAAUCAAACGUCAGCACAACUAGCGUACACGCUACUGAAAUUUAUUCGUCGGAAGUAUCGUUAGAUGUACCACCAGAUGCCCUGUACACAAGCUCCAGUAACUGUAUUAUCGAGGAAGUGGAUACGAACAAUGAACGAGAUUGCUGUCAGACCACCACUAUUUGGCUGAAGAACACCGCUUCGAAUAUAUUUCGCAAAAAGACACUCUACAAACGUUUACCUAUUUUAGCUUGGUUGCCUAAAUAUAACCAAAAAGAUUUAAUUGGUGAUUUGGUGGCCGGCAUAACUAUUGGUUUGACUGUGAUACCUCAAGGCCUGGCUUUUGCUGGCAUAACGGGCCUGGAUUUGCAAUAUGGACUGUACAGCUGCUUCUUGGGCUGCUUUAUCUACGUUAUUUUCGGCACCAGCAAAGAUGUUCCUUUUGGACCUACUGCCAUUGCCGCAUUGCUGACGUUUCAAAUUGCUCGUGGCAGUUUGGAAAAAACAAUUCUACUUACCUUUCUUACUGGCCUCAUUGAAGUUCUGAUGGGUAUAUUUCAGCUAGGUUUCCUCAUCGACUUCGUAUCUGGGCCGGUCAGUGCAGGUUUCACCAGCGCCGCUUCAUUAAUCAUUUUUACCUCACAACUUAAGGAUAUGUUGGUUGUAGAUACAACUGGCGAGACGCUAGUACACAUGUGGAUCUCCAUAAUUAAGGAUUUUCAUAAUAUCAGCUGGAAUGAUGCGAAUGAUGCCGCUUUGGGUAUAAGUUCGGUUAUUAUAUUACUCUCUAUGCGUUCGAUGACCUUUGUCACUAUCGGCCCGAAGGAGGGCAAAGCAUGUUGGCAGCGUGUAUUGCAGCAGAUCAUCUGGUUGAUUGGCACUUCACGUAAUGCAGUUCUUGUGAUGUUGGUCGGUCUAUUAGGUUAUGAUUUGCUCCAUUCCGGCAUCGACAUCUUUCGUAUGGUCGGUUAUGUGCCACAGGGAUUACCCGAACUGAAGAUGCCAGAAUUUUUUAUAGAUACCUUCACGAAUACGACCAGCGGUGAGCUUGUGCAAACGCAUGAAAAUUUCAUUGAUAUGGUAAGCAGUUUGGGUGCUGGUCUAAUUGUGAUACCGCUAGUUUCGCUGCUGGAAACCACAGCACUGAUACAAACUUUUGCCGAUGGCAAGCCUUGUGAUGCCAAUCAAGAACUCAUCGCCAUUGGCCUUUGUAAUGUCGGCACUUCCUUUGCGCAGGGCUUUCGUGGCAAUGGCCCUUUGGCUCGAGGUGCUGUCUUGAAUGCCAGCGGUGUUAGAACUCAGAUGUCAAAUUUGUAUGCGGGAAUUCUUGUGAUGUUCGCUUUACUUUAUCUAACUCCUGCCUUCUACUAUGUUCCGAAAGCUGCUUUGGCUGCAAUUAUUGUUUCCGCGACGAUCUUUAUGCUACAAUAUCGCGUAAUCAAGCCGAUGUGGCGUAGUAAAAAAACUGAUCUCAUUCCUGGCCUUGGAGCCUUCAUAGCUUGUAUUGUAUUGCCCAUACAGGUUGGCAUAUUGGUUGGCAUUGGCAUCAAUAUCGUUUUCAUAUUGUACAGUGCAGCGAGACCAAAACUGCGUAUCGAAAAUUUAUGUACCUCAACUGGCAUUAGAUACCUCAUGCUCACCCCCGAUCGAUGUCUGAUCUUUCCCUCUGUAGAGUUUGUGCGCAAUGUGAUCAACAAGCAAGGGCGCAAAUCGACGGUACCCGUAGUCAUUGAUUGCACCUACAUUUAUGGUGCUGAUUUCACCGCCGCCAAGGUGGUUUCGAUGUUAAUUAAAGAUUUCGAGACGCGUAACCAAAAACUCUACUUUUACAAUCUGCAACGUCGAGUCGCACAGGUUUUCGAAGACCUCAAUAAGGGACUAAUCGUUAUAUACGAUGUCGAUCACUUGGAACGUGAAUUGUCUGGCAAAGAUGAAAAUUCCAAGCUGUGAAUUAUUGGCAAUCAAGCUAUAAUUGUAAAUUGCGGGUCUGAAUACUGCUGUUGCAAUAUACGGCUGUUCACUCGAGCGAAAACGAAGGUGUCAUCAUAAUGAAGAGGAGGUGUGAAGUGGCGAAAGUGAUGAGCUGUGAAGCGGCUUGAGCGCGAAUGCCGUUGUGAAGCAAUGGGCAGGAACGGCAUAAUGAACGGGAUCUGAAUUAUGAGCAACUUUUUUAUAGUCCAUUUAAAUGGUUUUAUUUUUAAAGUCGUAUGUGCUAUUCUAUUUAUUUAUGUAUUUACAUGUAUUUAUGUGAACCGUUUCUGCAAUUAUAUACAUACGUACUGAAAAUUACAGUGAAACCCGCUCAAGUAACCAACAUUUUUGGGCACCGUGAAUAUUUUAAUGGAAUCUGAAGAAAAUCUUUCUCCUAAGUACCUUCCCGCUUAUUUACCUAACCCGCCUAAGUACCUAAAUUUUUCGUACCCCAUAUACCAUUUUACUUAUAAUUUUCCCCUUUUAAGUGCUCCCGCAACACAUUCGGCAAAAAAUUCUAAAAAAUCAAUGACAAUUUUUAGCCACUUGAAACUUGCAACACUAAAACACUUCUGAAAAAAAGUUUGAAAUUUUUUUGAAAAUUUGAUGAAUGUUUUUUGGGGUUCCUAAAAAUUAUAAGCUUAGGUUUAAAUGAUAUUUGUUAUGAAAUGAACUGUGUUUUAAUUGAAAAAUCUUAAAAAUUAAUAAAUUAGCAUUAGUGUCAAACGCCAUAAUUUUUAGUUGGUCCGAAUUGAUAGAUAUGUCCAACACUGUAUGUAUGUAUAAAUGUGUGUAAU